CACACACACCACAGUCCCAUUUCGCGUGUGUGUGUCAUUGUUAUGAAUUCCCUUUAUGUGUGCUUCAUAUUGAAUUUACGUUUCAAACUGCGCGCAUAGUAUGCGCUACGUAUGUGACAGCUUUCUGUCUAUAUCGCUUGAAGUUUCGCUCGCAUCUGCUUGAAUAGGCAACGAUCGAGCGGAUCCGUGAAAGACAAAUACACGAAAUAUAGGUUACACAUAUCGCCCCCGUUGCGCUUUUACGCCCUUCGAACAUGAGGUCGCAAGUAUCGAGCCCUUUUUUAAGACACGGGCAUCUGCCCAUACGGGAGGAUGAUUGCUCGUACGUUUGGCAAGUUUCCGCCCCGGAACGUUGCGAGUGGGUGAGGAACACCGAAGACUGCUACUCAGACUCGAUGAUUCAGUACACGGUGCUGUUGUUCUGCUACUUCAGAUCUGAAGACAUGGCGGUGUUUGCGGGCGGUUUGCUCCUCGUUCUUCUUUGGCUGCUCUACCUAUUUCUGAUUUUAGGAACUGUAGCGGACAACUUUUUUUGUCCAGCACUGGCGGUAAUAGCCGGUGUAAUGCGCCUAUCGGAUAGCAUAGCAGGAGUGACGAUAUUGGCAUUCGGAAACGGCGCGCCUGACAUCUUCACGUCCCUCGUGACGAGAGGCGACGAGGCGAUAAUAAUGUUCACCGAAUUAAUCAGCGCAGGUGUCUUCGUGACCUCGAUGAUCGCUGGUUCCGUCGCGAUAAUUAAGCCCUUUAAAGUUUCGCUCAAGUCCCUCAUGAGGGACGCCUGUUUUUAUAUCGUUUCUGUGUGCUGGAUAAACUAUGUGGUGUGGGACGAGAUGGUUUACCUCUGGGAGGCCGUAAGCUUUAUCCUGGUCUAUGCACUGUUCAUCGUGGCAGUCAUGAUAACGCAAGCAUAUGAAAUCAGAGAGGAGAAUUUGAAAACCAGGAUCCCAAGUGUGCCUGAUCCAGACGUCCUGCAUACUUACUUGGCGAACAGAGACACAGGCGCCAUUCCCAAGAUUCCCGGUAGAACCCGACCUUUUGGCUUACAUGCCAAGCUAGAUAUCGCCGUAGCAAUGGAGUUAGAGAGAGCCAAGAUACGGGGCGAAUCUGUCCAGUUAAGUCCGGAAAUUAGUGACUACAUUUCCGACCGACCAAAAGGUCUCUUCAGGGAAUUUUUGUACGACGUCAAUCCGAUUAGCGAAGACGAUUGGAAGAAAUCGAAUAUAUUUUUUAAGUUCAUCUUAAUUGUACGCUCACCCGUCAUGUUAUUAUUACAACUGUUUAUACCGGUUGUAAAUCCUACCGUCGAGAAAAGAGGCUGGUCAAAAUUGCUAAAUUGUUUCCAGUUAUGCGUAACACCUACGAUCAGUUUAUUUCUAUUGAACGUUUGGCAAACGACUUUUGGCAAUUUGCCGGUGGUGCUGAUAUUCCUCGUUGUCGGCACCAUAAUUGGUGUAAUUGUAUUUCUAACGACGCACGUGGAUCGCGUUCCAAAGUUCCAUAAUGUCUUUGCAUUUUUGGGAUUUUUGGCUGCCAUGUUGACGGUUUAUUUGGUGGCCAGAGAGGUCAUGGGGGUACUCCAAUGCAUAGGAUACGCAUGCAGUAUAUCCGACGCCAUGCUGGGUAUCACUUUUCUUGCAUGGGGAAACAGCAUCGGAGAUCUCAUAGCGAACGUCGCUAUCGCCAGACGGGGAUUUCCGCGCAUGGGAUAUGCAGCUUGUUUCGGCGGGCCGAUGUUUAACACUCUACUGGGACUCGGGCUAACCUACGGCAUCAGCGCUGCUGCUGAUCCCGAACAACAGACGAAGAUCAGGAUAGGCGAUAUGGCACCGGGCUGCCUAGCUUUUCUUCUAUUCUCACUAGUGGCCACUAUAAUUUACCUGAACAUCACGGGAGCCAUCGCACGUCGCUCUUACGGCGGUCUCUUAUAUUCGAUCUACUUUGCCUUCAUUCUCAUACAAUUUUUAAGCGAAUUACACGUUAUACAUCCCCUCGGAACUGAUCACAGGCCAGACGUAUAAGAUUAAUGUCCCAUUUAUUUAACAUGCGGCUUCGUUAGCCGUUUUUUUUUUCUUUUUUUAUAUCAUUAUGUAAUAUAAAUGCAAAAUAAUGAAAGGUCUAUUUGCAAUUAGCCGAGUAUCAUCCUCUAUCUUUCCCUAUUUUCGAGGUAACGUCAGUGUUACGAGGAUAAGGUAUCCGUAAGAGAGUAAAAAAUAUGGAAGAGCGUUUCUCUCUCAUGAAUUAUGUUAAAUGAGUCAAGAUUAUACAGGAUACAGGCAGAGAUGCAUUUUUAACAUGGGGCGGAAGGCAAGCUUCGUAGGAAAAUGUUUGGGCACCGGAUAUAUACGCGGAGGAAAAGGCGGGCAGGCGAGCGACGUCAGGUCGUUUUUAGACAUUUCCCCGGAGAGAACGAGGUGUCCCGUUUCCGACCGAAACCGGUUAGUAUGGCCACCAUAACGCCGAAACGGAAACCACAAGUCACGAGGCGGUUAGGAGUCUUGGUACGCGUCAGUUUUAAAUUUUACAUUGCGCCGUACAUCAUGGUAACCUCGAGUGCUACACAGACCUGCGUAAUUGAAUCCGUUAUUAGGUGAGGGACACAGUUCCAACGUGCAAACAUUUUUUACACAACGUUUCUCAUUUUCUUUCGAACGCAAUAAAAGAAGUGGACGUUAAAUUAUUUUUAUCCUUUUACGUCCUUCUUCUACGAGCGCUCGAUUUUAAUCGAUCAUGAAGAGUGCCCCACUUCUACUGCAUUUUCCUGAAAUUUUCUUUGACAAAUUUGUAGCUAAUUAUUCUUCAACAGAAAUGAGUCACCUACAGUUUCUUUUUUUUUUUUUUUUUCAAAGUAAUUAACAAUUUAAUUUAAAGAACUUGUGGCUAAUUAAGCUUCUUGGAAGAGAAAUAGAUGAUAAAUAGAUGGAUAUCCUUCAUUCUUUUAUGUAAAAUUUACUUUUAAUGAAAUUUUAAUUUUUAAA